AUGAUUCAGGCAAACACCAAGACGAUUCGGAUUAGGGCUUACAAAGCGGGGAAUUGGGAGCUGCGGAACCGCAGUCUGACUGACACUGCGGGGUUGGCAGCUGGCGAUCCAAUCGAACAACUUCAUCCGCCGUCCCAAUUAGUGCUCUUAGGGCCUGGCAGCUUCGCGCUCCAUGUACUCUGCGAGCACACGUCACCCGGCAUCUCCAUUCGGCCGGCGGCGGAUCUUCCUGCUCGUCGAGUGGUCUGGGCAAGGCGAGAGCACUGUUCAAUUGGUCCACAGCACCCAAUGGGACUCACCAACUGCACCCUCAUCCAGGAGCUCGUCCAGGGCAAUUGCUCAAGUAUGGAUGGAUAA